AUGAGUAGGAUGUCUAUUAUGUCUUUCAAUUCUUACCCUAUUUUUGUGAUUGUUUUUGCCUUUUUUGUGCGCAUAUCAUCUCAGGUUGGUUCAAAGGUAGAAGUGCUUCCUGGGUUUGAAGGGCCUCUUCCUUUUGAACUGGAAACAGGGUAUGUAGGAUUGGGAGAAACAGAUGAUGAUAUGCAAGUGUUUUACUACUUUAUCAAGUCAGAGAAUGACCCUGCAAAAGACCCUCUUAUGCUUUGGCUUACUGGAGGUCCUGGUUGCUCUUCAUUUUCGGGUCUUGCUUUUCAAAUCGGUCCUCUUGCAUUCAAGAUUGAAGAGUACAAUGGGAGCUUGCCAAAUUUGAUCUUGAGGCCACAGUCCUGGACAAAGGCAUCUAGCAUUAUUUUCGUAGAUUUGCCCUUAGGAUCUGGUUUCUCAUAUGCCAAAAAUGUCACCGCUCACAGGAGUGACUGGAAAUUAGUUCACCAUACCCAUCAAUUUCUUAGGAAGUGGCUGAUCGAUCACCCAGAAUUUAUUUCGAAUGCAUUUUACAUGGGAGCUGAUUCAUAUUCUGGCAUACCUGCCCCUGCCAUUGUUCAAGAAAUUUCAAAGGGAAAUGAAAUAGGUCUCCAACCAAUUAUAAAUCUCCAGGGAUAUCUACUAGGAAACCCCGUAACAACACGAAAAGAAAAAAAUGAGCAAAUCCCAUUUGCUCAUGGAAUGGGACUUAUUUCUGAUGAACUUUAUGCGUCACUGAAGAAAAAUUGUAAAGAGGAAUAUAUAACCGUAGAUUCUAGAAAUGAAUUGUGUUUAAGAGAUAUGAAGUCCUACGAUGAGUGUCUUUCAGGAAUUAAUACAUUCUUCAUUUUAGAUCGCUAUUGUAAAGAUAAUUCGCGAAAGAUAAAUGAAGAUACAUGGAGGAGAUCUUUGACCCAAAAGUCUAAGUCAUCAUCCCUGAAUUCUCAUCCCAUAACGGUAGACAUAGACAUAAGAUGCCAAAUAUAUGGUUUUUUCCUUGCCACUCAAUGGGCCAAUGAUAAAAGUGUUCGUAAAUCGUUGCACAUUCGAGAGGGAACUAAAGACAAGUGGAGUCGUUGUUACACGAGUGAUUUUGAGUAUGAGAUCUCUAAUAGUUUUGAGUUUCACUUAAAUCUCAGUGUUAAAGGAUAUCGUUCUUUGAUAUAUAGUGGAGACCAUGAUGCAGUUGUUCCUUUCAUAUCGACUCAAGCAUGGAUUAGAGCUCUGAACUACUCCAUUGUAGAAGAUUGGAGGCCAUGGCUUUUAGAAGAUCAAGUUGCAGGAUAUACAAGGACAUACUCUAAUCAAAUGACAUUUGCAACAGUGAAAGGUUCAGGACACACAGCUCCAGAGUACAAGCCCGAUGAAGGUUACGCCAUGUUCACUAGGUGGAUAGCUAAUAAGCCUUUGUGA